AUGGGAGGCAAAGAUCCGUCAACUGAAAGGCGGUUCGAAGAAGCGGGCAAGGCGGCAGUCAAAGCAGCGGCUAAAACCAAAGUUGAUUCCUGGGAGAAGUUGGGUGAGGUGUUGGAGUCGAAUUUCCACAUGGCAAGCAAGGUAUUCUGGGAGACCAUUCGCCGACACCGAGACGAGUCGCUGGCCUUAGGCGUCUCGACAUGGUCCGUAAUACUAAUAUCCGGAACAGCCUUUGUGCGAUGGCUUAGACACGUAUUGCUAAUGCCUCCAGAAAAGAAGGCUAAGCAACUAGUGCUUGCCCAGCUAACCGGCAAAAGGCAGAUUGACGGCAAAGAUUAA